AUGGCAUCUGCUAUCUCCUCCACACAAUUAUACUUAAUACCAAAAAACUUAACAAGCUGGCAAACCACAAGCUUUGAGAGUUGGCCGCCAGCAGGAAAAUUAUUAACUAAAACGCCCAAGGAAGCUGCCAAUAUAUUGACUCCCUAUGGCGCCUAUUUUGCCACACAGGCGCAGCCAGAGAAACUUAUAGCAUCCAAUGAACCUAAACAAGUUCCACACUUACUGCAUCCAUACGGCGCUUUGCAAUCCACCACACAUGGCAAUCUCUUGCUGCUCAAUUCACCAUACUACGCCGCCUACAGUCUGCCGCUUGCCUAUGUGGCGCCAUCUAUUGCACCUGCAUUGGCAGCAACGCCCAGUACAACAACCAGCACAGCAAAGCCAACAACCACAGCUGAAGUGGAAACUGUGGACUCUGUGGAAGCUACAGAACAAACAGUGGAUAACAUAGAAACGCUGCAAAAGCUGCAAGCAAAGACACAAACCACAGCGGCUGAUCUCAAAAGUGAUGGGAAAUUACGCACAGCCGUUGCGCGCAUUAAUUCAAAUUAUGUAAUUGAGGAAAUUGUGGCUGUGCCUGGCAAGCAUGUGAUCUCCAGCAGCAGUCGACAAAUGAGAAAGCCAACAGCUGGCAAACUGCGCAAGGUCAGCGGUAAAUUACGUACUCCAGUUAAAGUGGAGGCCACGGGAAAAACCAGCAGCAGCUCAAAGAACUUUCCACAAAUACCCUUUGGCACCUAUUUUCUGCCCUACAGACCGCAACAGGCCAAGGCCAUACAGGCACGCAAGCAGGCGGCAUUAAUACUGGAACCACAUGCCAAGGCAGUUGUGGGUAAUGGUGGCACCGCCAUUUCCACGCCCAUUUCAAGGGCAUUACUGAAGAAAGGAGUGCCCACAAAUGUCUACUUUAAUCCCGAAUCUGUGGCCAUUGCGGGCGUAGGUGGCAAGGCGCAUGCAGCGGCCGAUUUGGAGCUGGACUUGUUCAACUGAAGCCUUCAAUUGUCAAUUGGAGGCGCCUCCUCAGCUAAGUAGUUUGUAGACAGAGCUGGUAAUAGUGAUUAAAUUGCUUUUUGGAAUUCAUUUUUAACUUAAAAAAAAAAAUACAUUUCCUAACUAUUUUUAUAUAUUAAUUUUUGCAGCCACUAUAUUUUUAUCUUGAGACUUUUGGAAAAUAUA